GUAAGUUUGUGCAUAUUUUGCGGAACGAGAGUAGCUUUCAAAACAAAAAUCACAUGAUGGUUGCCAAAAAGGUUGCUGCUCUUGCUUGAUUUUUUGAUUCAAUGUUGUUGUGAAGAAGUGAAGGUUUAGCCAAUUUAAUCGAAAAGGAUUGUUGUGAAUGGUAUUGGAAAAAUAAUAAAAAUAUGUCUUCACCUCACCCGGAGUCUGUUAAUGACAUGUCAGAAGUGGUCGAAGUUAGAGGAUGCAGUGCAACACCGUGUUGCGAUCCAAGACGUGCUGCUCAUAGAUUUACAGUUUUAAUCUUUAUCUGCUUUUUGAGUUUUGGGAGUUAUUUUUGCUUUGAUAAUCCUGCUGCGCUUCAAGAUCAGAUCACAAAAGAUAUGGAUACCACCAGUCAAAACUACAUGUUAUUGUAUUCGUUAUACUCAUGGCCCAAUGUUAUAUUGUGUUUCUUUGGUGGAUUUCUAAUUGAUCGGGUAUUUGGCAUCAGACUUGGUACUAUUAUUUUCAGUUUAUUUGUAUGUGUUGGCCAGAUAAUAUUUGCAUUGGGUGCCUUACUCGAUCACUAUUGGUUGAUGUUGGCUGGGCGUUUUGUAUUUGGAAUUGGUGGCGAAUCACUAGCAGUAGCUCAAAAUACAUAUGCUGUGUCAUGGUUUAAAGGAGCGGAGCUCAACAUGGUGUUUGGUUUACAACUUAGUUUUUCAAGAGUGGGUAGCACUGUCAACAUGAAUGUUAUGGGCCCACUUUACAAAUUUAUUGAGAAGCACAUCACAAUCACCCAUGGGGGUGAUUAUAAAAUUUUAGGUUGGACUCUCAUGACAGGCUUCUUGUUCUGUUUGCUGUCUCUUUUCUGUGGUUUUAUGAUGGCAUUUUUUGAUAAACGUGCAGCCAGACUAUUGAAAAAGAAUGAAGCAAAAACUGGUGAAGUGAUUCAUUUGACAGAUGUGAAGGAUUUUCCACUUUCUGUUUGGCUUAUCUUCAUAAUUUGUGUAGCAUACUAUGUUGCUGUAUUUCCUUUUAUUAGUUUAGGAUUGUUGUAUUUUCAAUCCAAGUUUGAUUUAGAACCCACGCAAGCAAAUAUCGUUAACAGUUUAGUUUAUCUCAUCUCUGCGGGUGCUUCACCAGUCUUAGGAUUUUUUGUGGAUAAAGUUGGAAACAACAUUUUUAAUUUAAUAUUGGCCAUCACAAUGACUAUCGGUGCUCAUGUAUUGCUUGCGUUCACCUUUCUUAACCCAUAUGUUGCCAUGAUCAUUAUGGGUAUUGGUUAUUCAUUGCUUGCUUGUGCUCUAUGGCCACUUGUUGCUAUGAUUGUACCUGAAUAUCAAUUAGGAACAGCUUAUGGUUUCAUGCAAUCCAUUCAAAAUCUUGGUUUAGCAGUUGUAUCCAUCAUUGCUGGAUCCAUUGUUGAUGGUCGAGGUUAUCUUGUUUUAGAAGUUUUCUUUCUGGCUUGUUUAAGUGUUGCACUGAUUGCUGCUGUUAUGUUGUAUUUAGUCGAUUUAUCCAGAGGUGGGCAGCUAAACAUGAGCGCAUGGAAAAGAAAAACACUCGGUCAAGUUGGAGAUGCUAGUGUGCAUGGUGAGAGAAAACCUCUGCUCGAAGAUUAUUACACGUCACCACCGCCUGGUACCACUAAUCCUGCGUUACAGCCAAAAAGUGCUGCUGCUUUGCGUAAUCGGUUUCUAUCAAAACUAGGAGGACCGGUUUUCCAACCACCCGAUACAUUCCGAACAUCACCUUUCGUGUUUCCUCAUGUGUUGCGUUGAGCGUAAGUGACAUGCUGUUCAAGCCAAUAAUUCGAAAAAAAAUUGUUGCAAAGACAUUUGUUUGCAGAGAUAUUUUUUUAUACACGACUUCACUUUCUUAGUGUGUGCUCGCUUUGGUUGUAUGUUAAAUCUCAUCUUCAGGUUUGAAUGCUUAACUGUUACAUUUGUUUUCUUUAUUAACUUUUACAGUUUUAAACACAGUAACAGAUAAUUUUUCUACAUUUAUAUUAUUUUUGUGCAUUCAAAAACAUUAUAUUAGGCAACUGAAAUUUGUACAUAACAACUUUCUAUUAUGCAUGAUGAAUAUUCCUUACUUUGAUCAAUUUUCAUUACAUUUUGAUAUUCUGCACUUAAUUUGAUAAAAGAUAGAAAGUAAAAAAGCUACACCGUUUGUAAUUUACUUUUUAAACCUGUCAAUGUGUCCACUUUGUUUGGGAAAUAGCUAAAAUUUUACCUAGCUUGGAAAAAUUUAACAAUCGGUGAACCUACCUCUUGAAUAAAUAUUAAUAUUUUCAAUAUUUUUAUGUGCGUCGAUCAAACGUUUAACAUUGAACAGAAUUUUGAUGACUGCUUCACCAGUAUUGACUUGUAUUAUUGUUUACAAUUUGAAUAGAAAUUUUAUUGUUAUUUCGUGUUUUAAGUUAUUGCAAGAUAUCUGUGUUUUUUAAUUAUGUUUAUUAGGUUCGCUUGGAAAAUAGGGAAACUUGAUAGAUAUUCUUUCAGUAUCUGUAUGAUUUGUUAUUAGUUGAACAGAGCAUCUUUUGUUUACAGUUAA